ACAAGUUGUAUCGGAAAAAAAAUAUUAAAAAGUAAACGUGUGAUAUUAUUGUUAUAUUUAUCAUUUUUUUUUCGUUUCGUUUUAUUUUUAAUUCAAUUUUCUGUUAAAACCUUAAAAUAAACUCGUUAAAAUUACUUCCGUCACGUUGUAAGACUCAAAAAAAAAGUGUCAACAAUGAAUUCGGCAACAAAAUAUAUCGCUGGACUCGAUAUUGGAACAACGAGCGUUCGCUGCUUUAUUUACGACGCCAAGACACAAAUUCACGGAAGAAGUUCGCGACAUAUAAACUUAUUGUAUCCACAACCUGGAUAUGUUGAAAUAAAUCCAACAGAAUUAUUCGAAAGUGUUGUUGCGGUCAUCAAAGAAGCUCUCGAAGAUGCCGAUUUGAGUGCAGCUGAUUUAACGUGCAUUGGAAUUAGUACGCAACGAAGCUCGUUUAUUACUUGGAAUCGUCACACGGGGAAGCCGUAUCAUAAUAUGAUCACAUGGAAAGAUCUACGAGCAGACGCUUUGGUACGAAAAUGGAAUUCGAGUUAUUUCAUGAAGACCAUAAACACGGUUGCAAGUGGAUUGUACUUCGUUACGCGUCAUCCGCGCUUGUUGGCAGGGAAAGCAUUGCGUUUCAUGAACACGCAAGUAGUAACGAGGCUGGUUUGGUGCAUCCGGAACAUUAAAGAGCUUGAAGAUGGGAUGAAUAAAGGAGAUGCUCUUUUUGGUACUCUUGAUUCGUGGCUUUUAUAUCGAUUGAAACAAGGAACUGAUGUUUCAAAGCAAGUCGAUCACAUUUCUGAUUUUUCCAGCAUUACAACAACGGCUUUUUUUGAUCCGUUUACGAUGAGCUACUCGAAACCUGUGUUAAAAAUUCUCAAUAUCAGUGAAGCCAUGUUACCGACUCCCGUUCCCAACAAUUAUGACUUUGGUUACAUCGACAGCUCUCUCUUCGGACACGAAAUCAAAAUUGCUACAUCAAUUUCCGAUCAAAGUGGCUCCAUGAUUGGUCAAUGUUGCUUAAAUCGUGGCGACGUAAAGAUCACUUUGGGCACCGGAGCGUUCUUCAACGCCAACUACGGCGAUAAAUGCUCGGCAUCCGCUUACGGAAUGUAUCCCGUCGUCGGUUGGGGUCUCGAAGACAAAGUCACGUACUUUAUUGAAGGCGCUUCGAACGAUUGCGGCACCGUAAUUGAAUGGGCAUUAUCCACUGGUUUAAUUGACGACGUCAAAACAUCGUCAGAUAUCGCGGAAUCUGUACCCGACACGGAUGGCGUUUACUUCAUGAACGCUUUUACGGGUCUCGGAGCUCCCUUUAUGGAUGGCAGAGCUGCUUGCGGCUUCAUUGGACUAAAACCGUCAACGACAAAGGCGCAUAUGGUACGUGCCUUGCUCGAAAGUAUCGCGUAUCGAGCAGCUUUGUUGUAUUACUGCUGUUUGGAGGAGACAUCGUUGCGAUUUACGGCGUUGCGUGUGGAUGGAGGCGUUUCUCGGAAUAAUUUUGUGUGUCAAAUGAUCGCAGAUCUCAUAAGACUGAAUGUUGAACGUGCUGCCAAUCCGGAAAUGACAAUGUUGGGUACGGUUUUCCUUGCGGGCUUGAACGAAGGCAUCUACAAGAACAAAGAAGAGUUGCAUCAACUGAACAAAAUUGACGUGACGUUCAAACCGAGACCGGAAUUUGUGAAAAAAGCAGCUGCUGGGCUCGCGCAAUUCCGGGAAGCGGGAAAAAGAUUCGGAAAUUGGUACAAAGAAGGCAAUUCUUCGUAGUUUUUCGAAGAAAAAUCGGUAUUUAAGUGAUAAAAUUUGAUAUUUAGGGCAAUAUUUAGCUGUAAGUAGGUGAAAGAAAUCUAAAAUGACUCAAAAACCCAAGUGAGAGAACAAUCAUCAACAAGAAAAAAAAAGACAAAUUACGAUAAUUUAAAUUCUUUAUAAAGUCAAAACUUUUUUUUCACAAAAAAAAUCACGUUUUGACUAAAAAUGUACUUAAAACCAAUUAAAAACUCCUAAAAAAAUCUAUA